AUGGCAGGCCUUCAGACUUUGCAAGAGAACAGCAUUAAUGAUGACGAGAACCUGGAGGACUCGGGAUAUGCAUCGGUUCAUACCGGAGACGGCGAAGGCGAUGAUGCCAUGGAGGAGGAACGGAACGACAAUAAGGGGGGAGGGCCUGGCCGGCAGACCCACGAGAAGGAAGGAACAGAGAAGCAGGAUCAUGUCGACGAUGAAGACGUGUCGUGUCUCUUGCGUGCGUUCCCUAUCGCCUUUGAAGUCAUCUUCUGGAACCGUCACUUGCUGAAGGGGAACUAUUAUACCAAAUGCACCGAAAGCAAAUCCGACUACCACAUUGAGUGGGAGUUCGAGCACAACGCUGCCAACAUUGCAGCAAGAAGAGCAAGACGACAAAGAAGCCAAGGUGGUGAUCAGUUGCAAGAGGGUAUGCUAGGUAGCAGGCGGGAAGAGCAAUUGCUACAGUUGCUGGACGAUGUGGUCGCGCAGCGUCCAUUUUAA